CUGCUGCAGAUCGGCUUCGCCAAAUACUGGGGGAAGAUGAUGGCACCCCAACACCCACAUUAUUCACUGAGAUGGAUACGCUACAACAUGAGGGGGAUGAAUUGGAGUGGAAAGAGUCUGCGAGGUGGGUGAAGUUUGAGGAGAAAGUGGAGGAGGGAGGCGAAAGAUGGAGCAAGCCUCAUGUUUCCACAUUGACCCUCCACAGCCUGUUUGAGCUCAGGACUUGUCUACAAACAGGAAGUAUUCUGCUCGACCUGGAAGGCUACUCACUGCCACAGAUUGUGGAGGACAUUGUGGAUCAACACAUAGCGGACGGCCUCGUUUCUCCGGAUCUGAAGGAGAAGAUCAUUUUUGUGUUGCUCAGGAAGCAUCGUCACCAAACCAAGAAACCAAUCCAUCGCUCACUGGCGGACAUGGGAAAGUCCAACACGUCCUCCAACCGUAGUCCUCAGGUUAAUCUGAGUCGUAGUACUAGUUCAGCUUCUGGGAUCCACCGCUCCACAGAAGACCUACGCUCUCGGCAGUCAAGCAGCCUUGGGCGCCUUAAUCCUGCUCAGAGCCGAAGCAUGAAUGAUAUUUCUGACACACCCAGCUCUGACCAGCUGAAGAACAAGUUCAUGAAGAAGAUUCCUCGAGAUGCUGAAGCCUCCAAUGUCCUGAUUGGGGAGGUAGAUUUUCUGGAGAAACCAUUCGUCUCCUUUGUACGUUUGGCUCAAGCCACAACUCUGGGAGGCCUUACUGAGGUUCCCGUGCCAACGAGGUUUCUCUUCAUCCUGCUGGGUCCUCAAGGCAAAACCAAGUCCUACAAUGAGAUCGGCAGAGCUAUUGCUACUCUCAUGGUGGAUGAUCUAUUUAGUGAUGUUGCCUACAAAGCAAGAGAGCGUGAAGACCUGAUUGCAGGUGUUGAUGAGUUUCUGGAUGAGGUGAUUGUCCUUCCUCCGGGUGAAUGGGACCCUAAAAUACGCAUCGAACCUCCUAAGAAGGUUCCUUCUGCAGAAACAAGGAAGUCAGUGCUGAACCUGAACGAGCUGGGCCAGAUGAAUGGCACAGCAGGCGGAGCAGCUGGAGGAGAAGAUGAAGAGCUUCCUGCUCCACAUGAGCUCGGAGAGGAGCUGAAAUUCACUGGAAGGAUUGGCGGUGGAUUGUGGCUGGAUAUAAAAAGGAAGCUUCCAUUUUACUGUAGUGACAUCUAUGAUGGCUUCCAUAUCCAGUCCAUCUCUGCAGUGCUCUUCAUCUAUCUGGGUUGCAUUACCAAUGCCAUCACCUUCGGAGGACUGCUAGGAGAUGCUACUGACAACUACCAGGGAGUGAUGGAGAGUUUUCUUGGCACUGCUUUAGCUGGAACCGUUUUCUGUGUGUUUGGUGGACAACCUCUCAUCAUCCUCAGUUCAACUGGACCCAUUCUCAUCUUUGAGAAACUUCUUUACGAGUUCAGCAAGAACAACAAUGUAGACUACAUGGAGCUACGUUUGUGGAUCGGGCUUCACUCGUGUCUGCAGUGUUUCCUGCUGGUUCUCUCAGACGCUAGUUACAUCAUCAAAUACAUGACCCGCUUCACAGAGGAGGGCUUCUCCAGCCUCAUCUCCUUCAUUUUUAUCUCUGAUGCCAUCAAGAAAAUGGUAGGAUGCUUUAAAUAUUACCCAAUCAACCGGGGCUUCAAGCCUGAUUACAUCACAGCCUACAAGUGUGAAUGCAUCGCUCCAGACCAGGCAUCUGCUCUGGGUUUGAAUGUUUCAGCUCCACUUGGAGAUGAUAACACGACUCUGCUGUUUAACUUGACAGAUCUGGACUGGAGUCAGCUGAGUAAGAAAGAGUGUGUGAAAUAUGGCGGCUUGCUGGUGGGGAACUCCUGUAAGUAUGUUCCCGACCUGGCCCUCAUGUCCUUCAUCCUCUUCUUUGGCACCUACUCCAUGACUGUUUCUCUCAAGAAGUUCAAGUUCAGCCGCUACUUCCCAACAAAGCUCCGUUCCCUGAUCAGUGAUUUUGCCAUCAUCAUCUCUAUCCUGGUCUUCUGUGGGCUGGACUGCCUGCUGGAUGUGGACACACCCAAACUGCAUGUUCCCACUGAGAUCAAGCCGACACGUCUUGACCGUGGCUGGUUGGUCCUGCCAUUUGGUAAAAACCCCUGGUGGUGGUAUGUGGCCACCUUCGUUCCCGCCCUCCUCGUUACCAUCCUCAUCUUCAUGGACCAGCAGAUCAGCGCUGUCAUCGUCAACCGCAAGGAAAACAAGCUAAAGAAAGGCUGCGGUUACCACCUGGACCUGUUCUGGGUGGGUGUGCUGAUGGCUGUGUGCUCCUUCAUGGGUCUGCCAUGGUACGUAGCCGCCACCGUCAUCUCCAUCGCACACAUCGACUCUCUGAAGAUGGAGAGUGAAACCAGCGCUCCGGGCGAGCAGCCACAGUUUCUGGGAGUCAGAGAGCAGCGGCUGACUGGUAUUCUGGUGUUUGUUCUGACUGGACUCUCUGUCUUCCUCGCUCCUGUCCUUCAGUACAUCCCAAUGCCAGUCCUCUAUGGGGUCUUCCUCUACAUGGGAGUGGCCUCCCUGAGUGGCAUCCAGUUCUGGGAGCGUAUGAAGCUGUAUCUGAUGCCGCCCAAACACCAGCCGGACUUCUCCUUCCUGCGCCACGUUCCCCUGAGACGUGUCCAUCUUUUCACCCUUGUCCAGAUCAUCUGCCUGGCCGUCCUCUGGAUCCUCAAGUCUACAUUUCUGGCCAUCAUCUUUCCAGUAAUGAUUCUGGGACUGAUGGUUGUACGGAAGCUGCUGGAUCUGAUGUUCUCACAGCACGACUUAGCCUGGCUGGACGACAUCCUGCCGGACAAGGACAAGAAGAAGAAGGAAGAUGAGAAGAAGAAGAAGAAAGAGAAGAAGCCAGUCGAGCCAGAGAGUGAUGAGGAGCCCAACAGCUCAGUCCCACCUCCAGUGAAGCUUUACAUGGAGGCCAUAGAGCCCCUCUCAGAGUCAGACCCCUCCCAGGUUAACCCCUCCACCCAAAACCAAACCUCCGAGAGAUGAACCCUUACUCAACAGUCACAUCCGAUCAAAAUGAGCUUGACCGCAGGUACUGUGUGCUGAAACUGCACGUCCCCUACAGUGAUCUGAUAUAUUCACCUGACAGGAACACAGCCUGGGACAACACUUCCAGACCACCAAACACAUAGUCACAACACAGAAUCACACACUCUGCUCAGCUCUCAGCUGCUCUAUCACCUGUAUGAUAUGUAAACUAUGCUGGAUGGUGGUUGUAGACUUGCUGUAGAGUGUAUUUGAAUUGCUUUUAUUGU